AUGGGGCUAGCUUCUCCGCUUUCCUACAGUGGCGAAACAGCGUUUAAGCCGCAGCCAGAAGAGUAUCUGUACCAAGAAGACGAGGCCCCGGCUGACGCCAUUGAUGAAAACUUUGUCUCCCCGGCGCGGCCCUUUCAGCCUUACGGCGACGAGGAGAGUAAAGACCACAUGCAGGCGGCGGCGCAAUUCCCACAACCAAACUUUGGCAGUCAGUUUGCCUCUUUCCAUCCGGCUGCCGGGGUGCAUUUCUCUCCGCCGCCGCCGCCGCCUCAACCGAGUUAUCAUCAGUAUCCCCCGGGCCCGUAUCCCGUGCAAUACCCUCGGCCGCCACCUUCUCCGCUCACCUAUCAGCAGCCUCCUAGCCCGUACGUGCAAUUUCCACCACCGCCAGGCGGCCAAGUGAACUUGGUGGCAGCCGGGAUUCCGGCCAUCGGCAGUGAGAAGUGGAGCACCGAACUAUUCGAUUGCAUGUCUGAUCCAGACAAUGCAAUUAUCACAGCCCUGUGCCCAUGCGUGACGUUUGGGCAGAUUGCAGAAAUUGUCGACAAAGGCCAGACCUCAUGCGCGACGAGCGGGAUGAUAUAUGGAGCGAUUGCCUGCUGCAUCGCGAUGCCGUGCCUGAUCUCCUGCUCCUACCGGACGAAGCUGAGGAGCCAAUUCCGGCUGAAGGAGUCGCCGGCGCCGGACUGGCUCACGCACUGCUGCUGCGAAUGCUGCGCUCUCUGCCAAGAAUACCGGGAGCUUCGCCGCCGGGGCUUCGAUCCUUCCAUAGGGUGGAUAGGGAACGUGAGCAAGCAGCAGCAGCAGCAACUCAAAGUUCAGGGCUCCAUGUCAAUGGUGCCGCCUGGGAAUCAAGUCAUGAUGAUGGCUUGAACGUACGACAAAUUCAUCAUCUCUCUUCUGUGAUCUCUUCGUUAUUGGUUUGCCCUCUCGAUCAUCAUCCAUAUCUAUUCUCAUGUUUUCAACUUCAUUUCUCGUUGGCAAUCGUAAGAUAACAAUCAUUUCAUAUUUCUGUUAUUUCCUUGGUGUUCUCAAUGUUAACACCCUAAUUAAUCAUUCUUGCCCAUGAUGAUCAUAUCAUUUUUAAA